AUGAAGUUUAACAUUGCUGCCGGCUUUAUUGCCGCCCUUUGCCUGGCUCCCAAUGCCGUUGCCUGGGAACUGCCCGGACGUCAGGACGCUACUCCUACUCCCCAGGCCCCUUCUGGCUCUGAGCCGACUGGUUCUUUCCCGUCCGGUGGAUUUAGUGGCCAUGGCGGUGGAUUCGGAGGUCACGGUGGUGGAUUUGGAGGUCAUGGCUCUGGUGGACACCAUUCUGGUCGUCCAGGUCCCCGUCCUUCUGGCACUCCUCCCUCUGGUUCAUCCCCCUCUGGUCGCCCUCAGCCAUCUGGCAGCUUUGGCGGCCAGGGCUCUGGUAACCAGGGUUCUGGCGUUUCCGGCGGUUCAUUCCCCUCUGGUGGAGCUCAACCAUCCGGCACUGUUGGUGGCUCGUUCCCCUCCGGUGAAGCUCAGCCCUCCGGCACUUUUGAUGACUCGAACUCUGAUUUGGCUGUUCGUGCAUUCCCAUCUGGAGAUGCCCAGCCAUCUGGUACUACUGGCGGUUCUGGUUCUGCUCCCUCCGGUGGCGCAUUCCCAUCCGGUGGUGCUCAGCCAUCUGGUACUACUGGUGGUUCGUUCCCGUCUGGUGGUGCUAAGCCUUCUGGCACCGUUGGCGGCUCAUUCCCAUCUGGCGGUGCCCAGCCCUCGGGUGCCACUGGUGGCUCUGGUUCUGGCAGCGGAUUUGGCGGCAGCUCCAGCAGCGGUGCUAGCGGGUCAGUUCCAUCCGGUAGCCCCCAGGGUAGCAGCUCCCAGGGCGAAGGUGAUGACAAAGGCUCUUUCUCUUCCUCAUCCAAAGGUGAGAGUAAGGGCUCCUCUUCUUCUGAAGGCGAGGGCUCUUCUUUCGAGGGCGAAGGCGAGAGUUCUUCUCAGGGCGAGAAGGUUAAGCGUGUCCACGCUCGUCAGUUCCUCAACCUCUGGGCUUAG